CGCCCACCAGAGCUACCGGACGUGACGGUGACCAUUCCGACAGCAAUCGUAUCUGGGAAUAAAUCUAGCGCGUUUGGCCAUUGGAACCACGAGGUCCGAACCGUUCGGCGGUCGGCAGCCGCUAUGGAUGAGGAGCGGCGGGAGAGCAAGCUAUGAGUAGUAGUGGGCCUUUGAGGCCCCACCACCACCACCAUCACCACCACCCAGCAUUAGCAGCAGUAGCAGCAAGUGGAUUGCUAAAGUGUGCUAGUAAACGUGACGGUGACGACGAAGAGGACGGUGCUGGUGACAACGAGAUGACAGCAUCAGCACCACCGACAGGACUCGUCAGUUUAAAUAGCAAUCGAAUGAUAUCAAGCAGAGUGGUGGGGCAAGUCGUCAGCAGCCACCGGCAGGAGCAGCACCACCCGAGGGCGAUCAAGAAAUCCCUGACCAAUAUCAAGACUACGAAGCUAGGGAGGAUGAAAAUGGUCAACAUUCCUACUAGCAGCACCAUGACAUCGACGAGACUAGUGUCCGGUUUUAUGUUCAACUUGCAUUUUCCACUUUCGAUCGUGCUGUUGAUUGUCCUUUGUGGUGAUCUGGCAACACUGCGCACCGAUGGUGGCUUUGCGAGUUUCGGUGGAGUCUGGGCGGAAGAGCUGAGUGCGGGUCAAGAUACUGCAGGGGGAACCGCUGCCUUGGAGUCUUUUGAUCCUUCCGAGCGGGGCCAGCUCAAGUUUGGUGAUAAAUGCGAGAGCACCACUGAGUGUGGCUUCGCCGGAUCCAUCUGUGAUCCGCAGUCGCGCACAUGUCAGUGUACUCCGGAUUUAUCAGCAACGAACCACAUCGACAAGUGCGGGAAAGAAAAAGUGGCAGCACUGCUGAAUCACUCGGAAGUGAUUUUGUAUUCGUCCUCAGUUGGUCGUUUCUCCGAUGGUGUUGAUGUGUUAUACAUGAACUUCAUGUUCGACCUCGAGGACGCUUCCAACGACGGAGGCAUUGAUGCGGAGGAAUUCUCCAUCGUAUGCUCCAGCUACGGGCCGGAUAAGCAAGAGUGUCAGCAAGCCUUCCGAAAGAUGGCACAGGGUUCCGACGAGGUCAACCGGGAACAGUUUGCCGAAUUGUGGCGUGAGUACUUCUCGACCGACGAUCCAACAGCGCCCGGAAACUUCAUCUUCGGCAAAACGGCAUUUUAA